AAGAAGAGUCCAGACAUGCCUCUGAAUGAGACAGGGGUCCAAACAGUGGCUCCAGAGACAUGUGAACUACGGGAGGAUGCUGGACAUAACAGUGGAGGCUCCAGCAGCAACAUGUCACUGAACUGCUGGCUGCAGCUCCUCACCAGGGAAUCCAUCAUGGAGUAUCAAGGAGACAGCUCCAGCGUGGUGGUACGUGUGAUGAUAGCUUGUGUGUACUCUAUAGUCUGUGCACUGGGGCUGGUUGGGAACUCUCUGGCUCUGUAUUUGCUGCACUCCCGUCACAGGCAGAAGCAGUCGUCCAUCAACUGCUUUGUGAUGGGGCUGGCUAUCACAGAUCUGCAGUUUGUUCUGACUCUGCCCUUCUGGGCAGUAGACACGGCCCUGGACUUCCGCUGGCCAUUCGGCCGAGUGAUGUGCAAAAUCAUCAGCUCCGUCACCACCAUGAACAUGUAUGCCAGUGUGUUCUUCCUGACAGCAAUGAGCGUGGCACGGUACUACUCUAUUGCCUCUGCGCUAAAGAUGCACAGCCGGAGAGCAGCUGCCGCCCGGGCCAAGUGGACGAGUCUUGGCAUCUGGGCCGUCUCCCUGUUGGCCACCUUGCCUCAUGCCAUCUACUCCACCAGCGCUGAGGUGUCAGAUGAGGAACUGUGCCUGGUCCGUUUCCCAGACUCAGGCAGCUGGGAUCCACAGCUCCUUUUGGGUCUGUAUCAGCUACAAAAGGUCCUGCUGGGCUUUCUUAUACCUCUAAUCAUAAUCACUGUCUGCUACCUACUUCUGCUGCGUGUCAUCCUCAGCCGACGCAUCGCAGGAGCAGCAGGCUCAGAAGUGAAGCAAGGUCAGCAGAACCGGCGUUCUAAAGUGACCAAAUCCAUUGCCAUUGUGGUUCUGUCCUUCUUUCUUUGCUGGCUUCCCAAUCAAGCUCUGACAUUCUGGGGGGUCCUCAUAAAGUUUGACCUUGUUCCUUUCAGCAAGGCAUUCUACAAUGCCCAGGCCUAUGCCUUCCCCAUAACUGUGUGCCUGGCACAAACGAACAGCUGCCUCAACCCGGUGCUCUACUGUCUGGUUCGCAGGGAGUUUCGGGCAAGCCUCAAGGAACUGCUCCUCCACGCCACACCGUCCGUCAGGAGCUUGACUCAUCUGCUGCGUCGCAAAACCAAAGUGGCUGAGGCACCACCUGUUCUGGUGCUGGUCCAAAUGGAUGUCUGACUUGGGUGACCAGCUCACUGUGACCAAAAAAAAAGAGCAAAUAACUGACCUCCCAAAACAAAGUAUACUUACCUAUAUUG